AAUGUCUUAUUCUCAACAGGUAGAACUGUACAGACUGGAGAAUUCUGGGAUACCAUUGUAAUCACAGCAGUUGACAAAAAGCAAGAAAUAGCUUACCAACAACAGCUGUCAGCAAAACUGAAAAGAAAGGAGCUCCCUCUUGGUGUUGAUUAUCAUGUUUUUGUUGAUCCUCCUGGACCAAAAAUUGGAAACGGUGGAUCAACACUUCAUGUCCUUCAGUGCUUAGAAGAGCAUUAUGGUGAUAAAUGGGAUUCUCUUACUGUCUUGUUAAUUCAUUCUGGUGGAUAUAGUCAACGUUUACCAAAUGCAAGUGCUCUGGGAAAAAUUUUCACAGCUUUGCCUUUUGGAGAUCCAGUUUAUCAAAUGCUGGAUUUAAAACUGGCAAUGUACAUUGAUUUUCCUAUUCAUAUGAGUCCAGGUGUUUUGAUUACUUGUGCAGAUGAUAUUGAGCUCUAUAACAUCGAAGCAACUGAAUUCAUAAGGUUUGAUCGGCCUGGAUUUACUGCAUUAGCUCAUCCUUCCACCUUGACUAUUGGUAUGUCUCAUGGUGUGUUUGUUUUGGAGCCACCAUUACAAGUGACAGAAAAAAGAGACCUUGAAUACAGAUUUUGUCACCGUUUCCUGCAUAAGCCUAGCAUUGAAAGUAUGUACCAGUUGGGAGCAGUGUAUAAAAGGCAUAAUUGUCAGACAAAUGAACUUCCUAGAGACCUGGAAAGUUCAACUGUGGACCCUGAAUAUGUGUAUACAGAUAGCUUAUUUUACAUUGAUCACAGCACUGCAAAACUACUGCUAGGAUUUUAUAAGCAGUUGGGCAUGCUUUGUUGUGAAGUAGAUGCAUAUGGUGACUUUCUCCAAGCAAUAGGGUCUGGAGCAACACAAGGUUAUGCAGAAAAUGUCACAAAAGAAGAUUCAGGUCUAAUGGAAAUAAGGGAGAAGUUAUUUGCUCUUCUCAAAGGAUUGCCUUUCAAUGUUAUACUUUUAAAUAACUCCAAAUUCUAUCACAUUGGGACUAUUCAAGAGUGUUUGUUUCAUUUCACCUCUGAUAGAAAACUGAGACUGGAAAUGGGUUUGCUGCCAGCUGUUUUUAGCAUCUGUCCAAACGGCAUAGAAGAUUUAGGGAAAUCACCUUGCAUCAUUCACAGUUUAUUGAAUUUACAGUGUUCUGUUGCACCUGGUUCAGUAGUUGAAUAUUCUAGACUUGGACCUGAGGUGUCAAUAGGAACUAACUGUAUUAUCAGUGGCUGCUCUAUUGACACAAAAGCAGACAUACCACCAAAUACUUUCCUGACAACACUAAGCAUGAGGAUUGAUGGAGAAUUAAUGUAUGUGAGCAUGGUGUUUGGGAUAGAAGAUAAUUUGAAAAAGAAUGUGACAGACCUGACAGAUACACAGUUGCUAAGCUUUUUUGGAAUCAGCCUUGUACAGUUCUUGGAGCUCUGGGGCCUGAGUGUUUCAGGUGAGCUCUUUUCUGGUGACAAGACACAUCUGAGUUUAUGGACAGUUCGGAUUUUCCCAGUUUGCUCCACUUUAAGUGAUUCAGUGAAAGUGUCAUUAGGGAUUUUAAAUUCAGUGCAGAACAAGUCACCUUUUAAACUGAAUGGUUUUAAGCUCUUGUCUGUUGAAGAAAUGCUUCAGUACAAAGAUGUAGAAGACAUGUUGAAGUUCCGGCAACAACUGUAUGAAGAAAUCAGUCUACAGAAACAAAAAGAGAAAUCUGAUUUAUAAAAUAUAUGAAAGUGGUAUAUUUCCCUCAUUCCUUAAUUUGAAGACGAUUGAUUGCUUUCAAGCUUGCAAAACCCCAGCAGCAAGCACUACACACACAUUUUCUGUGUUUUUCAUUGAAGUGGAAAUAAUGAAACUGCAUUAACUGUGUUAUUGUAGCAUAACAUUAAUAAUGCAAAAAAUGCAGAUAAACUAUUCUUUUGAUGAAAAAAUUAAUGAAAUAUUUCAAAUCUAUGAAAACACAAAAGAGGCAAAUUUUCAUAGCUACCCAUUAUUAUUAUGUUUCCAUUUUUUAUUAAUUCAAGUGUGGAAUAGAACUUGUUAAUUAGAAAUUUGAUUGAAACCCUCUUAAAACUUUUUCAAAGAAUAAUGUUACCUCUAGCAAAAUUUUUCACUUUCCAGGUUUGUUUGUUGCAGGUGGGCAAAAUGCUUGUGCAUUUUAACAUGUCUAUUUAAAGCUUUGCUGAAUAUUGAGACAUCAGCAUGAAAGUUAGCGUGCAUGUUUCCAUCACCUUUCUACAUUUCUUAUGGAAAUUGCAGCUCCAUCCUCAUGCCUGUUUUUAAGGCAAAUAUGGCAGAGUCCAGAAAAAACAAAUUGUAAGGAAUUGUACCAUUAAAGCAAGACUUCCCAAACACUGUACUUCUCAAUUUGGAAUGAUAAAGUUUAAUUUCAAAUCUUUUUUAGUAAUUUCCAAAUCGCCAGUUUAAGGAUAUCCUGUCGUAAUUUUGAGUUUCUGACCAUUUCUGUGUUUGAGUUACUUAGCUGCUCUGUCAAAUUGUAUGUAUAGAUAUGGAUGUUAAUUGUCACUUGAUCAUUUGUCUGUCCUUUUAUUGACUGAUUAAUAGAAGUUAAAUAUCUUGUAAGCCCCAGGUGAGGAAAUUGUGCUGUGUAGUCAUAAACAUGUUUAUUCAGGAAUAAAGUCUUCUGAGCUCAAUGGGAUUUACUCUGUGGUAACUAGGUACAGUAUAAGGUUUUUGACUUACAGAACAAUCCUUAACUUUCAUGUUUAAGAUUACAUAUUUAUUUAUGGCACUCUUUAACAGAUUUCAAUUUUAGUUGACUUUUUUCUAUUUUAAUACUUGCAAUACUGCUAUUUUAUAAUUUGUUUUGUAUGACAUUAAUUUGAUUUAUUAUAUUUCUUUAAAAAUGUUUUUGUAAGAUGCUUUGAAGUAAAAGGUGGAGUAUAA